AUGUACUUUGGGAGGAUACAUCAGGAUAAACAAGCGUGCAACCAGGGCUUGCGCCUCUACUCUUAUGCACUAACACAGCUCCGGUCCGAGAUAAAUAGCUCGAGUACAGACAUUGGCACAAUAAUGGGUGUCAUGUGUCUUUGCGUCUAUGAAAACGUGGUGUUCUCGCAGCCCACUGCGUGGCUCUUGCAUUACGACGGUCUGGGAAGAUUGUUGCAGUCUCGAGGCCCAAAGCCCUUAGAAACGGACGCAGAGAGACACAUCUGGCGUGUGGCACGAUACUUUAUCAUACUUUCGGCCGGACAUCAAAGAAAACGAGUGUUUCUAGAACAACCACAAUGGGCAAGUACCCGCCUUGUACCACCAGGCGAGACCUCGGAAAAGUUCGAUCUUCUCCUCGACCUGUUUGCUCAGUUUCCCGGAAUCAUCGACGAUUACGAUAGACUUCGCAAGGCCUCUUUCAUAGAUCCCGGUACAAGAGAGGCUUUCAAGCAACGAGUAACGUCACUUAUAGACCGAAUACAUGCCUGGUUACGCGAUAUACCAUGGACAUGUACCCUCGACCCGGCUAUCAGGGAGAACAGCCAAGGACAACUACCUGACGAUCCUAUGGACUGUGCAUCUCUCGCUGUUUGUUACGCGGUGCUUCUAUGUCUAAUUCAGCCAUGCACCUGCCUGCAAAUCAACAUUAUUCCCGAACAUGAUCAUUACAACGUGGACCCAGCCAGAAUAGAAUUUCUGACAUUCGAAAUAUGCCGCUUCUCAAAGAAGGCGCUACAAGGCGGAGACUCAGCGGGCUUGGCGUUGUUGCUCAUAUAUCCUCUACAAAUAUCUUGGUUUUUCUUGCAAGGAACACCUGAAAAGCUCGAUCAGGUGAGAGAAAAUCUGGACUCAUCUAUCGCGGAUUCGCAUGGAUUUGAGUUGGGGAGAGUGCCUAUGCAUGUUUGA